CCAGGGUUCGUACAAGGUGCUUAAAGUGCUUGAAGUACUUGAAUUUGACUUUUUUAAAUUUAAGUCCUUGAAAACCCUUGAAAACAGCCAUAUUUAUGAAGAAGUACUUGAAAAGUGCUGGGAUUAUUCAAAGACAAUAUAUAUAGAUUUGUAAAAUAAUUUUAAAGUGUUUAUUUUUCAAUAAAAUGCAAAACCAUUUAUUUUAAUCGAAAUUAGCGCUGCCCCUCCUCCCCUCCCACUUUACGUAUCUCAUUAACUGCUCGUUCUGACGUCACUCACGUGGAGCACAGUUACAGAAUGGUAAGAGACAAUGCCGGGGAAGUGCAAGUUUAAUCCAGCAUGGCUGGAAAAGGAGGUAUAUAAAAAUUGGCUCCUUGAGGAUCCAAAAAGUGUUCAUCGUGCACAGUGUAAAAUAUGCAGCAAAUCUCUCGAAAUUUCAAACAUGGGCGAGUCAGCGCUGAAGAGUCACAUGCAAGGUGAGCGUCAUGUCAAUGCAGUUGGCCGCACUGGAUCAACAUCCGUCCGAGAAUAUUUCACCCCCACUGUCUCAAAGCAGCAGAACCCUCAACCUACUACAUCAUCAGGAGUCUUGGAUCCUUGGGUACGAAACAAUGAUACUUGGAGGGCUGAAAUUCUUUGGACUCUAAAGGGCGUUACAUCGCACUACUCCAACAAAAGUGCUGAGAACAAUUCUGCAUUAUUUCAGCUAAUGUUUCCAGACAGUGUUAUAGCAAAAUCAUUUGCUUGUGGUGAAAAGAAGACAUCCUACAUGGUUAAUUAUGGCAUUGCUCCUUAUGUGAAGCUGCAACUGCUGGAAAAAGUGAAAACUGGUUCAGAAUAUGUCUUGCUGUUUGAUGAAUCUCUUAACAAGGAACUUCAGCUAAAGCAGAUGGAUGUGCACAUUAGAUUUUUGGAUGCAGUUGCAAACAAGGUCUCCACACACUACUUGGAUUCUGCCUUUAUGGGGCAUGGUAAGGCAGAGGACUGUCUGAAACAUUUCAAGCACUUGACAGAAGAACUUAAUUUGAGCAAUCUUCUUCAGAUUUCGAUGGAUGGGCCUAAUGUUAACCACAAAUUUUACAGGGAUUUUCAAAUCAGUGUGUUGGCUGAAUGUACAGACAAACAACUGAUUGAUAUUGGUACAUGUUCCUUACAUAGUGUGCACAAUGCAUUUAGAAAUGCCUUCAGUGAAACAAAUUGGCACAUUGACCACCAGUUACUGGGAUUUUAUCGCCUGUUCCAUGAUACACCUGCACGACGGGAUGAUUAUGUUACAAUAACUGGUUGCUCAUUGUUUCCAAAAAAGUUCUGCUCUCAUAGGUGGGUGGAAAAUGUUGAAGUAGCUUCUAGAGCACUAGAGGUGUUGCCUCAUCUAAGAACAUUUGUGAAAACCAUUGAAGCCGACAAGAACUUUAACACUCCAAAGUGUAAAACAUUCACAGUAGUGAAGGAAGCAUGUGAGGAUCCAUUAUUCCCUGCAAAGCUGCAUUUCUUUGUCUAUUUAGCAAAGCAUGUGCAAGGCUACCUACAAAAGUAUCAGACAGAUAGGCCCAUGAUCCCAUUUAUGACCUCAGACUGGGCAGAGAUGAUCUCUGCUGUAAUGAGUAGAGUACUUAAAACUAGUGUAACAGAGACAAUGACAGACUCACUGAAGAUGUCCAAGUAUGAAAUAAAAGAUGAGGAUGCAUUAGGUCUCGCUAAAGUAGACAUUGGAUUUUCCACAGACAGAGCUCUCAAACAAAUUGUGGGGAAAGUGAGUGAAAAAAGAAUUUUGGAAUUCAGAAGUGAUGCAAGACGGUGCCUCCUUCUACUCUUAAGGAGACUUUUGGACAAAACCCCUAUUCGCUUUAGCUUUGUGAGACAGACUUCAUGCCUUAACCCCAAUGCCAUCGCCCAGGAUCCUGAUGGUUGUGAACGAAGGUUCAAAAGGCUUCUGAACCAUUUAGUUGAGCUAAAAAGGUUUCCAGAGCAAGUGCGAUGAUGCUCAAAUGCAGUACAAGACCUUCAUUAAAGAUGAAGUAGCUAGAAACAUAUCAAGGUACAGGGAAUAUGAUAUCCAGUCACACUCACUUGACCAUUUCUUCUCAGAAACCUUACAGGGAAAAGAUGAUCUCAAAUACCUAUGGCAGGUAGUAAAAAUGGUGCUGAUUUUGUCACAUGGUCAGGCUACUGUGGAGCGAGGAUUUUCUGUCAACGCAGCCAUGAGCACUGAAAAUAAAAAGGAAAUUAGCUAUGCAUCACAGAGACUUGUUUGUGAUUAUGUCUCAAGUGUUGGAGGAGUUAAGAAAGUUCAGAUCACUCCCAGAAUGAUUGCCAGCUGUAAAGCAGCUCGACAAAGAUAUGAGGAUUCUCUCAUCAAGCAGAGAGAAAUAAGAGCUGAGAAAACCAAAUGCAGAGACCAAGAGGAGGAACGAAGAGCAAAAAAGAGGAGGCUUGAAUCUGACAUUGCCCACUUGGAACUAGAAAUAGAAAAGGCAGCCAAUGAAGCUGAGACCUCCUCCAAACCAAGAGAAUGCAUAAUUAGAUUUAAUAGUUUUAGAAAGUCCCUGAAAGACAAAAAAGAUGAACUUAAAAAGAUUUGUUAAAUUGGUUACAUUCCUGCACCACUUUACCAGGGCUUUUACACAAAAGAAAUACUAGUACAAAAAAAUGAUUGAAACUGAAACAAAACCCUGUUGAAUUCUUGUAAAAUUACUAGAGUUUUUCUUGCCUACUGUUAUAGCUUAUUUCAUAUAUAUCAUUAAAAUGAGAAGUUUAUGAAGUCAUUGUACAUGACAUUUUAUGCACAGAAGGUUCUAUGAGUUUGUUAAUAUCCUCACAUUUGAAUUUGUCACAGUGAUUGUGUACUUUGAGUUACUGUACUUAAUUUUGUACCAUCUUGUUUUAUUUUUUAUUCAUGUAUGCUCCUUUUCAGAGUUUAAGGAAAAUAAAUAAUAUGUUUGUAAAAAUACAUCUCUGAUUUGUAGUCCUUGAAAACCCAAAAAAUGGUGCUUGAUAAGUCCUUGAAAGUCCUGGAAUUUCAUUAGACAAUAUCUGUACGAACC